AGAGAACGAGAGGGAGAAGAGAAGCAAACAAUACAAAAGCUUCAGCCCCGCGAUUUUAAUGAUUCGCGAAUUCAAUCAAAUCGCGCAUCGCCUGCGGCGGCCAACAUGAAUUGAAGAUGACGCAGCUGUCUUCAAAAAUCUAUAUUUUUUUUAUCAGUGAAAGCUGAAGUAUCAAUUUUGUUGUCCGUACAAAUCGGGGGAGGAUUUUAGAUUCAAAAUGGUUGAGAGGGGUUUUCUGGUUAAUUGAUUCGGAGUUUGGCCGGUACAGAAGUCUAAAACGGCAUCGUUGCGUUAUUGUUUCGUGGAUUGUUGUGGUCAAGCUCAGAGGUGGAUUUUGAAUUUUGUUUUCUUGAAUGUUGUUAACUUAUUUGAAGAUAAAUGGAACAAGGUGAGACGAUUUCUGACUUUGGACCAAAGAAGUUGGCGAGGCAAUUGGAUUUCACCGUUUGUCGAGCGUCGGCCAACGGCAUAGUGUCGGAGCAGUCGAUAAAGUCACACUCACAGCCGCAACAGUCACAAUCACAUCCGAAAUCGCAGAAGGAAGUUCAGUUGAAAGUAGCAUCACUGCCUCAGCCACAGCCACAUGUACAAUUGCACUUACAGCCCGAGUCACAUUUACAAGUGCCACCGCAGAUUAGAUUACAGUCACAAGUAACGCCGCAAUGGCAAGCACGGCCGCAGCAGGCGGCCAUGGUGCAUCGGAUACCACACCCAGUGCAAAAACUUCAAAUGCCGAAACUACAUGUCGCCAAGCAAGAAUCCCCUAAAUCGAGACCACAUGGUAACAAUGAAGCAAAAGAUGGUACUCCAAAGAAACAAAAGCACUGUAAUUGCAGAAAUUCCCGAUGCUUGAAGUUGUACUGUGAGUGCUUUGCCGCUGGAAUUUUUUGUGAUGGGUGCAAUUGUGUAAAUUGUCAUAAUAACGUGGAGCAUGAGGCCAUUAGGAAAGAGGCAGUUGAAACAACCCUAGAGCGCAAUCCAAAUGCUUUCAGACCAAAGAUUGCUAGCAGUCCACAUGCAUCUCAGGAUGCUAGGGAAGAUGCAAGGGAUGCCCAACUGGCAGUAAAGCAUAAUAAAGGAUGUCACUGCAAGAAGUCAGGGUGCCUCAAGAAGUAUUGCGAGUGCUUCCAGGCGAAUAUUCUGUGCUCUGAAAAUUGUAAAUGCUUAGACUGCAAAAACUUUGAAGGAAGUGAAGAACGAAGGGCUCUUUUUCACGGGGAUCAUAGUGCUGUUGCCUUCAUGCAAAGAGCAGCCAAUGCUGCAAUUAGUGGGGCCAUUGGUUCAUCUGGAUAUGGGACACCUCUGGCAGUGAAAAAGAGAAAAAGUGAGGAACUCUUAUUUGGUGUAGCAGCCAAAGAUCAAUCCAUCAAAAGGAAUGCACCAUCUCCGCAGGAAAACCAUCUACAAAAUUCUGCUGUCUCCCUGAUUCAAUCUAUUCCUGUUUCUCAUUCCACUAAUGCAGUCAUAUCAGGAUCUUCAAAAUUUACGUAUAGAUCUCCAUUAGCAGACAUCCUCCAACCACAGGAUAUGAAAGACUUAUGCUCACUUUUGGUUGUAUUUUCAUCAAAAGCUGCUAUGACUUUCACAGAAAAAAUAGGCGAAAUGGAUUCAAAAACACAGAGAGACAAUGCUAAGAUUGAUGUUGCUUCAUCUACUCAAGAGAGUGAAGAUUCUAAGCAAGGAAAUGAAGCUAAUAAGGGUGCGCUUAAUGAUCCUUCACUUGGGAACAAAAUGGAUAUGGAAGAAACUAGGGGUUCUGGGACAGAUGACUAUGAUAUGCCAAACGAGAGGCCAUUGUCUCCUGGAACUCGUGCAUUAAUGUGUGAUGAAGAAGAAACAAUGUUUAUGGCAGCUGGGUCACCAACUGGAUUGGCAGGCCAUUGUCCAAGCACAGUUAAAAAGUCUAAUGGACAUGAAUGCAGAAGGGUUUAUGCGGAGCAAGAAAGGAUCAUCUUAACCGCUUUUCGGGAUGUUCUCAAUGAUCUCAUAACUGUCGGAAGCAUAAGAGAAACAAUGUGCUUGCCAUCAGCAAAAAGUGAAUCAAAAAGGUUAGAACCUGUAGAAAAUGGCACUGUUAAAGCUGGAAUGGACAUGAAGAAUCACAAUGAGGCUUGUGGCGAUAGCAUCGGAAAACCUAAAGUUCCAGUGCCUGCAGAAUUUUCCCAGACCAUUGCUACAGUAACAUGUAAGAAUGAUCUGCCGAUGAAGGUUGGCUUGCCCAUAGAAAAUGAGAAAAUGGAUUCAUAGAUUAAGAAGUUUAACUAAGGCAAAAGACCAUCAGGAUGCCUAUAAGAUGCUUGGCCAUGCUAAUAAUUCUUGUGGUUAUCAUUGGCUCGGGGCUCCAUUGUUAGAAAUGUGUUUGGUCUUAAUAUCACCUAGCUAAAAAGUAAUUUUAGGUUGUUUAUUACUUUCAAGUGAUUUAUUUAUUUAAUAAAUCAUAUUGCCCCGA